UUUAGAAACCUAUUUUAUAAAUUUUAAGGAAUCCUUGCAUGAAAGAAGCAUGGGUGAAGGCAUCAUUAUUUUCGCUCUAUGGUAUAUAGUCAUUGCCUACAAUUAUUUGAUUGAAAACUGCGCCAGCAUCGAGAAGAAUAGUGACGCUCAAAGCAAAUCAUCACAGAUUCCGGAUUUUAUAAUAAAAUCUUUAAGUGUACUCGAAGCAGACGUAAAGGAAGAUGAUAUACCCAUUACCGAAGAAAUAGUAACGCUAGAUGUUACUAAAGAACCCGAUAAACUUGCUGAAACUGUUGAACCAGCCAUUGACAAUAAUGAAGACACUUCUGUAGACGAAUUCAUACAUGAAGAAAUAGAUGAAGAAUAAAAAUGUAAUCGUAACGGAAAUUUAAAAA